AAGGAGAGAAGAGCCUGGCGGUGGUAGAUGGAGUAACGGAGGGGGAGACGAGUCCACGUAUUACCAUGCCGAGAUUUGGACUACGAAAACUACAUGCAAAACCUCCAAACCUACGAGAUUAAUAAUAGAAGAGGUGGGUCUGUGAACUUCACGGUACGAUAAUGGGGAAGCACUUGGUUUCACUGCUUGUGCUGGUCCUGCAGCUCGUCUGUGGCUGCGCAGGAAACCAAAGGAUGGCAAGGGCCGCCUCCAUGCAGUUCACCCACUCUGUUUACAAUGCCACCAUAUAUGAGAACUCUGCUGCUAAGACUUACUUAGAGAGUCAAACCAAGAUGGGAAUCUAUAUCACAGACCCCGACUGGGAGAUACGGUACAAAAUUAUUGCUGGAGACAAUGAGAACUUAUUCAAAGCAGAGGACUACCUGCUGGGAGAUUUCAGUUUUUUGCGAAUAAGGACCAAAGGAGGUAGCACUGCCAUUCUGAAUCGGGAAGUUAAAGACCACUACAUGCUGACUGUUAAAGCUUCAGAGAGGAGUACUAAUUUUGAGUGUCGCACUAGGGUAAAAGUACAGGUACUGGACACAAAUGAUCUGAGACCACUCUUCUCACCCACAUCCUACAGCAUCUCUCUGCCUGAGAACACAGCCAUACGCACGAGUGUGGCAAAAGUCACAGCUACAGAUGCAGAUAUCGGUACGAAUGGAGAAUACUACUAUAGUUUCAGGGAGUGGACGGAUAUGUUUGCAGUUCAUCCAACAAGCGGUGUGGUGACACUCACUGGCAAACUUGACUACUCUGAGACAAAGCUGUACGAGUUGGAGAUCCUCGCAGUGGACCGGGGGAUGAAGUUGUAUGGCAGUAGCGGCUUUAGUAGCAUGGCCAAACUGACAGUGAGAGUAGAGCAGGCCAAUGAGCAUGCACCCAUAAUCACUGCAGUAACCUUAGCCCCCUCAGAUGCAGACCAUGACCCCACCUACGCUAUUGUGACAGUGGAGGAUAAUGAUCAGGGACCAAAUGGAGAGAUAGCAUCACUGAGCAUUGUGGCUGGUGACCCUCUUCAGCAGUUCAAGGCUGUAAGAACCAGUCCAGGGAGCAAGGAGUAUAAAAUCAAAGCAGUAAAAAAUGUAGACUGGGACAGCCAGCCUUUUGGAUACAACCUCACUCUACAGGCCAAGGACAAAGGAAACCCCCCUCAAUUUUCAUCGGCUAAACUGGUACACGUCACUACUGCACAGUUUAAAGUUAGCCCUCCUAUAUUUGAGAAGGCCAUUUACAGAGUCAACCUGAGUGAGUUUGCCCCCCUUCAUACACCUGUCACUAUGGUAACAGCUGUGCCAAAAUAUCCAAAUCUUCAAUACAUUUUUAAGCACAAAUCUGAUCGGAACAAAUUUACCAUCAACCCUGAUACCGGUUUAAUCACCACUGCAGGACUUGUCAAUGCUGACUCUACUCCUCAGGUUGAGCUGGACAUCAUCACCAGUGACAAAAAAGCAGAAACAAGAGUGAUCAUAGAUGUGAUUGAUGUGAAUAAUAAUGGGCCCGAGUAUCAGCAGACGUCCUACAAGGCCAGUGUUGAUGAAAAUGUACCUGUAGGCACCAGUGUAGUAACAGUUAAAGCCACUGAUCUUGACAGAGGUGAAAAUGGCUAUGUGACCUACAGCAUUACCAAUCUGAGCCCGCAGCCAUUUGUCAUUGACUACUUCUCGGGUGUCAUCAGUACCUCGGAGGUCCUAGAUUAUGAGCUUAUGCCGAGGAUUUACAAUCUGAAAGUCAGGGCGUCAGAUUGGGGAUCCCCUUUCCGCAGAGAGGUGGAGGCAUCAGUCACCAUCACACUGAACAACUUGAAUGACAAUAAGCCCUUGUUUGAAAAUGUAGACUGUGAAGUCACGGUGCCAAGAGACCAUGGCGUGGGAGAGCAGAUAACAACAGUGUCUGCCAUAGAUGCUGAUGAACUGCAGCUAGUGCGGUACAAUAUUAAAGCUGGGAACGAUCUUGAUCUAUUUGAACUGAACCCAAACUCUGGUGUGCUUUCACUGAAGCACACGCUGAGUGAGGGAGAAGCAGCUAAAGUGUCCUUUCAUAGUUUACAAAUCAUUGCAACUGAUGGUGAACAUGAAACUCAGCCAAUGAUCAUGAAUAUAACUGUCAUCACUGCACGCAAGCCUGUCCAGUUAAAAUGUGUCGAAACCGGCGUCGCUACUAUGUUGGCAGAAAAGCUGCUUCAGGGCAGCAAAGUCCACACACAAGCCGAGCCAGAUGACAACUUUAUGGACAUUCACUCAAUCAAUCGGUACGCACCACAGUUUGCAGAUUCAUUUCCAAGUGUCGUCGAAGUUAAAGAGGACCUCCCUGUUGGAGCCCGGAUAAUCCAUUUAAGUGCUACAGAUCCAGAUAGUGGCUUCAAUGGGAAACUAGUUUAUGUUAUUUCAGGAGGAGACAUAGAAAGCCGGUUUAUAGUAGAGAUGGAAACAGGCUGGCUUUUAGUUUACUCUCCUCUAGACAGGGAAACAACUGACCAUUACACGCUUAACAUUACAGUUUAUGAUCUCGGCAUUCCACAGAAAUCCUCAUCGCGCCUCUUGGAUCUUAAGAUCUUAGACGCCAACGAUAACAGCCCUCAGUUUUUGCAGCAUUUGUAUUCUGUUGAAAUCAGUGAGAGUACACCUGUCGGGACACAGAUAAUUCAAGUGGAUUCCACAGACAAGGAUAAAGGAGAUAAUGGAGUUGUGAAGUAUUCAAUUUUGGGAGGAACGGAUCAUUUUGCAAUUAAUGAAGACACCGGUGUGGUGACUGUGACAAAACUGUUGGAUCGCGAGCUCCAUCCAGUUUAUAUCUUGAAGAUCGCAGCUCGUGAUCAAGCCCUGAGUGAACCUCAGUUAGUGUCCACAGUGCCGCUUAAGAUCACACUUGAAGAUGUAAAUGAUAACCCACCAAAAUUUGUUCCCCCAAAUUACCGCGUCAAGGUGAGGGAGGACCUCCCUGUUGGUACUGUGAUCAUGUGGCUGGAAGCUCAUGACCCUGAUAUUGGACCUUCCAGUCAGGUACGAUACAGUCUUACUGAUAACGGAGAUGGGAAUUUUGAAGUAGACAAACUCAGCGGUGCCGUACGGAUUGUGCAAAACCUCGACUAUGAAACGAAACAAGUGUACAACCUGACAGCAAAAGCUAAAGACAAAGGGAAGCCCAUAUCUUUGUCGUCGACUUGUUUCAUUGAGGUAGAUGUGGUGGAUGUGAAUGAAAAUCUGUACAGGCCUUUCUUCCGAUCUUUUGUGGAAAAGGGAUUUAUAAGGGAGGAUGCACUCGUUGGGACUUCUGUGAUGACUGUAACAGCAGAGGAUGAAGACCAAGGAAGGGAUGGAGAGAUCAGAUAUUCAAUCCGAGAUGGGUCUGGCCUGGGGAUUUUCACCAUUGAUGAGCAAACUGGUGUAAUUCGGACUCAAGAACUUCUGGAUCAUGAGACCACGCCUCACUACUGGCUAACAGUCUUCGCAGUGGACCGAGGCGUGGUGCCGCUGUCUGCCUUUGUUGAGGUCUAUAUCGAGGUGCAGGACGUCAACGACAAUGCGCCGCAAACCUCUGAACCUGUCUACUACCCGUCGGUCAUGGAGAACUCCCCUAAAGACGUGUCCAUCAUCCAGAUUGAGGCGGUCGACCCAGACGCGAAGGCCAGCGAUAAACUCACCUAUAGAAUCACCAGCGGCAAUCCCCAAGGUUUCUUUGCCAUCAACGCCAAGACAGGUCUGGUUACAACCACUUCCAGGAAGCUGGACAGAGAACAACAAGAUGAGCACAUCCUCGAGGUCACAGUCACUGACCACGGUGUUCCUCCUAAAUCCACCACUGUCCGCAUCAUCGUCCAAGUCCUGGAUGAGAAUGACAACCGGCCAUUGUUCCUGGAGAAGAUCUACAAAAUCAAGCUUCCUGAGCGGGACAGGCCAGAACGAGAGAGAGCCAUGAAGAGAGAUCCGGUGUAUCGGGUCAUAGCAUCGGACCGCGACGAGGGUCCCAACGCAGAGAUCUCUUAUAGCAUCGAGGAGGGAGAUGAACAUGGGAAGUUCUUCAUUGAACCCAAGACUGGACUCGUAUCGUCAAAGAAGUUCUCUUCAGCUGGAGAAUAUGACAUCCUUACAAUUAAAGCUGUCGACAAUGGGCGUCCUCAGAAAUCCUCCACUUGCCGUCUGCAUAUCGAGUGGAUUCCCAAACCAGAGGUACCAGAAGAUGCAGCACCUCUGCUUUUUGAAGAGUCCCCCUUCACCUUCUCUGUAAUGGAGAGUGACCCCGUGGCUCACAUGGUGGGCGUCGUCGCCACAGAAUCCUCAGACGUUCCUGUAUGGUUUGAAAUCACAGGUGGUAAUUAUGACAGCCGCUUUGACGUGGGCAAGGCCAGCGGAACCUUGAUUGUUGCACGGCCCUUGGACGCUGAGCAGAAAUCAAAUUACAACCUGACGGUGGAAGCCACAGAUGGGACACGAACUGUCAGCACCCAGGUGCUCAUUCGUGUCAUUGACACCAACAACCAUCGGCCACAGUUCUCUCAGCCAAGGUACGAGGUGAAUGUCCCUGAGGACACUCCUGCUGGCACUGAGGUCCUGCAGAUCAGUGCUGUGGACGAGGAUGAGAAGAACAAAUUGACCUUUACACUCCUGAGCAGCACCGAUCCCUUCAGCCUGAGGAAGUUCCGGCUUGAUCCAGGAACUGGGACUCUGUACACAGCUGAGCAACUGGACCAUGAGACUAUGCACAGUCACAUCCUCACUGUCAUGGUACGAGACCAGGACAUCCCUGUAAAAAGGAACCUUGUUCGUGUAAUUGUGAAUGUGGAGGACACAAAUGACAACGCACCCUGGUUUAUAGGCACACCGUACUCUGGCCGUGUCUUUGAAUCCGCUGCCAUCGGCUCAGCUGUACUCCAGAUCACAGCUCUCGACAAAGACAAGGGCCAGAAUGCAGAGAUCACCUAUAGCAUCGAAUCAGGAAAUGUUGCAAACUCAUUUGCCAUUGACCCUGUGCUCGGGAUAAUUACAGUUGCCAAAGAGCUUGAUCGCAGCAGUAAGACCCUCUUUGAGCUUACUGUCAAGGCAUCUGAUAAAGGAAUAUCUCCAAUGUCAACUACAGCUACUGUGCACAUUGCAGUAACAGUUUCUGACAAUGCAGCCCCAAGAUUCACUGAAAAGGAGUUCUCUGCAGAAGUCAGUGAAUCAGCCAACCUCGGAACAUUUGUGAGCUUGGUCACAGCUGUCAGCCAGUCAUCUGUCUUCUAUCAGAUAAAAAGUGGCAACAUCAACCGUGCAUUUGAUAUAAACCCAAACUCUGGGGUUGUUGUGACUCAGAGGGCUUUAGAUUAUGAGACUACGUCUCAAUAUAAGCUUAUCAUACAAGCCACGAACAUGGCAGGGCUUUCCAGUAACACAACACUAUUCAUUCAUCUCAAGGAUGAAAAUGACAAUGCUCCUAUCUUCCUCCAGAAGGAAUUCAAAGGUGUAAUCAGCGAGUCGGCCGCUGUCAACAGUGUUGUUCUGACCCAUGAAAACACUCCUUUUGUCAUCCGAGCCUCUGAUGCUGAUUGCGACAGGAAUGCAAUGCUCAUAUAUCAGAUUGUUGAGCCUUUUGCUCAUAAUUAUUUUGCCAUUGAUUCUAGCACUGGGGCGAUCAGAAUAACAACUGCUUUGGAUUACGAACAGAGGAGUGUUUAUCGCUUCACAGUCCAGGUCCAUGAUCUAGGAAUGCCACGCCUGUUUGCAGAGACAGCAGCCAAUGUGACCAUUGAAGUAAUUGAUGUUAAUGACUGUCCACCAGUUUUCAGCCAAGAACUGUAUGAGGCCACUGUCAUUGUGCCGACUUACAAAGGAGUGGAGGUCAUUAAAGUCAAUGCUACAGACUCUGACUCUGGUCCUAACUCCAAACUUCUCUUUUCCAUUUCUGAGGGUAAUAUCGGUGAUAAAUUUAAAAUGGAUCCAAUCACAGGCAUAAUCUCAAUUCAGAAUGUCACACAAUUGAGGAGCAGGUAUGAGCUGAAAGUGAGGGUUUCAGAUGGAAGAUUUGCAACAGUCACCACAGUAAAGAUAAAUGUAAAAGAAAACAAGGAGAGCAAGCUUAAGUUUACCAGGGAGUCUUACAAAGCCUUUGUCAAGGAAAAUUCAUCUGAGAAGAAGACAUUAGCAGUCAUUGCUGCUGUUGGGAACCAGGUGAACGAACCUCUGUUUUACAGAAUUCUGAACCCUGACAGCAGGUUUGAAAUCAGCCGCACAUCUGGGGUUAUUUCAACCACUGGAAUUCCAUUCGAUCGUGAGACACAGGACACAUUUGAUAUUGUUGUUGAAAUCACCAGGGAGGAUAAAUCUGAAGAUGGGGCUCACAUUCUUGUAACUAUCACAGUGGAAGAUGUGAAUGACAACAAGCCUAUGUUUGUGAACCUGCCCUAUCAUGCCCUGGUCCAGAUGGAUGCAGAGGAAGGCCAUGUCAUCCUACAAGUCUCAGCAGUCGACAGAGACAAGGGUCCAAAUGCAGAUAUCCGCUAUCAAUUUAAGGAACAUCAGGAACACUUUCAAAUUAGCCCAUCUGGCGAACUCUCAGUCCACAACAAGUUUGACAAAGAGUCACUCAAUAAAGACUUUGUUGUUGUUAUUAUUGCACAAGACAAUGGCGAGCCACCACUCUCUUCAGAAGUAGAAGUGCCAAUAACAGUAGUGAAUAAAGCAAUGCCUGUGUUUGAAAAACCUUUUUAUAGCAUUGAAAUCCCUGAAAACAUUCAAUUACACACACCUGUGCUUCAUGUGCAGGCCAAUGACUCAGAAGGCCCUCGCAUUGUGUAUACCAUCUCUGAGGGUGACCCCUUCAAGCAGUUCUCGAUUGAUUUCAACACAGGUGUUAUUCAUGUGGUUCAGCCUCUGGACUUUGAAACACACCCUGCCUAUAAAUUAAAUGUGAAAGCCACAGACUCUUUAACCGGAGCACACUCUGAUGUGUUUGUCGAUAUCAUACUGGAAGAUGUAAAUGAUAAUGCUCCUGUGUUCCUGUCAAAGGUCUAUCAUGCUAAUAUUUCAGAGGCUUCUGUGAUUGGGACUUCAGUUCUGCAAGUUGAAGCCAAAGAUUCAGAUACUGGUAAUAAUCAAGAGAUUUUCUUUCAGUUGGCGGAAGAAAAAGGAAAGAUUGCAGAUUAUUUCACCAUUGACCGUGACACAGGCGUCAUCUCCACAGCUCAAGUCCUCGACCAUGAGGAAAUUCAACAGCACAAGUUGAGAGUUCGAGUUGUGGAUGGAGGAGUUCCAGCUCUCUCCAGUGAAGUUAUUGUAACAAUAGAUGUUACAGACCUCAAUGACAAUGCACCAGUAUUUACCGAGAACAUUUACAAAAGUAUCAUCAGCGAACUUGCUCCUCGAGGACAUUUUAUCACUCAAGUCCAGGCAUCUGAUGCUGAUAGCUCAGGUAUAAGUGAAUUGCAGUUCUCCAUCGUUUCUGGUAAUGAGGAUCAAAACUUUGCUAUAAACAAAUACACUGGUGCCAUUGUGAUUUCUAACCACCGUAGGGCACAUAUGCAGCCUCUUUACAACAUUAGCAUUUCAGUUUCUGAUGGCGUAUUCAGAAGCUCAGGCCUUGUCAUGAUAACCGUUAUUGGAGCCAAUUUCCACAACCCUACUUUCUCUCAGGCUGACUAUGUGGUGGAACUUGUCGAAAAUUCUCCUGCUGGUACUUUGGUAGCAGAAGCAAAGGCAACAGAUGAUGAUGAAGGCAUUUAUGGACAAAUAUCGUACAGGAUCGUCAACGACUUUGCUAAAGACAAAUUUGCUGUCAAUGACAAUGGAGAAAUUUUCACUCUUGAGAGUCUGGACCGUGAGAACACUAUUGAAAAAGUUAUUCCAAUUUCUCUUGUAGCUAAAGAUGGCGGUGGAAAAGUAGGCUUCUGCACUGUCAAUGUCAUUCUCACAGAUGUCAAUGACAAUGCCCCACAGUUCAGGGCAGUUGAUUAUAAAGCCACUAUUGCAUCAGAUGUCCCAAGGGGAACAUCUGUGAUUAAAAUAGCAGCUUCAGACAUGGAUGAGGGAAGCAAUGCUGACAUAGAGUACUCAAUCGAAGCAGAUGUUGAAAAUGUGGAGGAGAACUUUGAAAUCCACCCAAUGUCUGGGGUCAUUGUAACCAAAGAGAGCCUCAUUGGACUUGAAAAUGAGCUCUAUGCCUUCUUUGUUCGAGCAAAAGACACCGGGAACCCACCCAAACACUCAGUUGUCCAGGUUUACAUAAGGAUUGUUGCACCAGAAACGCCAAUUCCCAAAUUUGCUGAACCACAUUACCGUUACACAAUUGCUGAAGACCUGCCCAUUGGCACAGAGAUUGAUGUAAUUCAGGCUGAGAGCGAACAGCCCAUUGUUUACAGCCUUGUGAAGGGAAACACACCUGAGAGCAAUGAAGAUGAAGUUUUUGUUGUAGAUCAAGAUGCUGGAACACUGAAGCUCCAGAAAAGCCUCGACCAUGAGACUACCAAGUGGUACCAACUCACUUUGCUUGCCCAGAACACACAUGAGAACUUUGAGAUUGUGGAAUCUGUAAAUGUGAAUAUUCAAGUAAAAGAUCUUAAUGACAACAGCCCCGUCUUUGAGUCGGACCCUUAUGAAGCAGUAGUUGUGGAAAAUCUCCCAAGUGGGACUCAGGUGAUCCAAGUUAAAGCCACCGACCAAGACUCCGGAACCAACGGUCAUGUUGUUUACAGCCUUGACCCCAAGCAGAAUUCGCAGGAGAUCUCUGAACUGUUUGCUGUUAACAGUGAAACCGGAUGGGUUACCACCUUGAAAGAGCUUGACCGUGAAAAGAUGGACAGAUAUACAAUCGCCGUUCUUGCCACUGAUCAAGGAGACAAAGUUCAACAUGUUACGGGCACAAAAGUGGAGGUAACAGUCGCUGAUGUGAAUGACAAUCCACCCCGCUUCACUGCAGAGAUAUACAAAGGCACAGUCAGCGAAGAUGACCCCCCCAGUGGCGUGAUCGCUAUCCUGAGCACCACAGAUGAUGACUCUGAGGACAUCAAUAAGCAAGUGAACUACUUCAUCACAGGAGGAGACCCACUUGGCCAAUUUGCCAUCGAGCACAUUCAGAAUGAGUGGAAGGUCUCUGUCAGGAAGCCCCUGGACCGUGAAGAGAGGGACAAUUAUCUCCUCAACAUUACCGCUAGUGAUGGCAUCUUCACUGCCAAAGCUGUUGUGGAGGUCAAGGUGCUGGAUGCCAAUGACAACAGCCCAGUAUGUGAAAAGUCCCUUUAUAGCGAGAGUGUCCCAGAGGACUCCCCUGCCGGCAGGCUCAUCUUGCAGGUUUCUGCCACAGAUGCUGACAUCCGCUCAAAUGCCCAAAUCUCUUAUGAGCUCCAGGGACCUGGAUCAGAACUGUUCAUCAUUGACUCAGAUACAGGGGAGUUGAAGACCUCACAACCCCUGGACAGAGAGGAGCAAGAUGAGCACAGGUUCAGAGUGAGGGCAGUGGAUGGAGGUGGACGCUACUGUGAGGUCGAUGUCCACAUCACCAUGGAGGACGUCAAUGAUAACGCUCCACAGUUCUCAUCGGACCCCUACACCAUUACAGUCUUCGAGAACACAGAGACGGGCACGUUUGUGGCAAAACUGCUGGCAAAUGAUGUUGACAUUGGUCUCAACAGCGACAUCCUCUACUCGCUGGUGGAUUCUGCUGAUGGUCACUUCUCCAUUGACGAAUACACUGGUGUGAUAAGCCUGGAGCGCCCUCUGGACCGUGAGGUGCAGGCGGUAUAUGAGCUGAAGGCCCGCGCCAGCGACCAGGGCUCGCCACGCCUCUCCUCCCUCUGCCAGGUGGUGGUUUCAGUCCUGGACAUUAACGACAACCCGCCAGUGUUUGAGCAUCGUGAGUACACGGCAACCGUGUCUGAGGACUUGCCAGUGGGAACACAAGUGCUCAGAGUGCAGGCGGCGAGUCGCGACACGGAGACCAACGGGGAGAUCUCGUACAGCAUCAUCAGUGGGAAUGAACACGGCAUGUUCAGUGUGGAUUCACGCACUGGUGACAUCUUUGUUAUUGAGCCACUAGACUAUGAGGUGUCUCAUGAAUACUACAUCACUAUAGAGGCUACAGAUGGUGGAUCGCCUCCACUCAGCGACAUGGCCACGGUGAACAUCAACCUGACUGAUGUCAAUGACAACACACCAGUCUUCAGCCAGACCGUCUACACAGCUGUAGUCAGCGAGGACGCAGAGCUGGGGAAGACUGUGUUGGCGGUCAUGGCACAGGACGCGGAUGGGCCAUCUUACGAUCACGUGCGCUACUCUAUAGUGGACGGUAACCAAGGCAGCCCAUUCACCAUCGAUCCACUCCGAGGAGAGCUGAAAGUUGCUCGCCAGCUGGACAGAGAGAGAACUUCAGGAUACACUCUGACGGUGCUCGCCUCAGACAACGGGAUGCCCCCUCUUUCCAGCACCGCCGUGAUCAACAUUGACAUCCUAGACAUCAAUGACAACCCGCCCCUUUUCUCCCAGGCCAAUUACACUCUCAUCAUCCAGGAAAACCGACCCGAAGGCACAAGUGUUCUUCAGCUCACCGUAACGGACCGGGACGCCGGCUACAAUGGCCCGCCUUUCACCUUCGCCAUCGUGGACGGGAACGAGGCCGACGCUUUCCAGAUCAAUCAGCAGGGAGCUCUAGUGGCAGUGGGAGCGCUGAAUAGGAAAACGAAAGAACACUACCUACUUCAAGCACAGGUUUCCGACAGCGGCCAGCCUCAGCUCUUUUCCACCGCCUUCAUCAGCAUCCGUAUCAUUGAAGAGAGCAUCUACCCUCCUGCCAUUCUCCCUCUGGAUAUUUUCAUCUCCACUUCUGGUGACGAAUACCCCGGAGGUGUCCUGGGAAAGAUCCACGCCACAGAUCAGGACAUCUAUGACACACUCACCUACAGCCUUGCCCCUUCUUCUUCCUCACCCACAGAUGGAAGUGCCGUCAUGUUCUCAGUUUCAGCGUCCGAUGGUAAAGUUAUCGCCCUGCGGCCCCUUGACGUGGGCCACUACCCCCUUAAUGUGACGGUGACUGACGGACGCUUCACCACAGCAGCCGACGUCACCGUGCACGUCCGGCAGGCUCCCCGUCAGGCGCUGGAUAACUCCAUCGCCGUCCGCUUUGCAAAUAUUGCUCCUGAAGAGUUUAUCGGGGAGUAUUGGCGUAACUUUCAGCGGGCGCUGAGAAACAUUGCUGGAGUAAGAAGAAGUGAGGUGCAGUUAGUGAGUUUACAGCCAUCAGAGCUGGGAGAUCUGGACGUCCUGUUGGCUCUGGAGAGAUCUGGAAGCCCAUACCAGUCCCAGGAGGUCGUCUUCCGUAAACUGAACUCCUCCACUGCUGUGAUCGAGGAGAUGACGGGAGUUCGGAUUGUGCGGGUGGUACAGAAGCUAUGUGCAGGGUUGGACUGCCCGCUACGCUUCUGCGACGAGGUCAUCUCCCUGGAUAAGACCGCCAUGUCCACCUACAGCACAGCCCGCCUCAGCUUCGUCACCCCACGGCACCAGAGGACGGCGACGUGUCAGUGUGAAGGUGGCAGAUGUCCGGUGCUGAAUAAUCUGUGUGACAACCACCCAUGUCCUGAAGGGAUGGAGUGUGUGGCUGAUCCUAGAGAUACCGUGUACAGCUGUGUGUGUCCAGAGGCCAAAAAGGGCAAAUGUUCCGAUGGCCACUCAUUGACAUUCAGUGGCAACGGGUACAUCAAAUACCAUCUAAUGGAGAAUGACAACAAAGAGCUGAUGAAACUGUCUCUGAGGCUCCGGACCUUCUCCAACCACGCCACCGUCAUGUACGCCAAAGGAACAGACUACAGCAUCCUCGAGAUUGUGAAUGGCCGUCUGCAGUACAAGUUCGACUGUGGCAGCGGCCCUGGCCUCGUGUCCGUGCACAGCGCUCAGGUCAACGAUGGGGAGUGGCACACCAUCUCACUGGAAGUAGACGGGAACUACGCUAAGCUGGUGCUGGACCGGGUCCACGCCGCCUCAGGCACUGCGCCAGGCACCCUCCGGACCCUCAACCUCGACAACAGCAUUUACUUCGGUGGUCACGUACGCCAGCACGCCUCUGCCCGCCAUGGACGCAGCCUGCCCAUCACCAACGGAUUCCGCGGCUGCAUGGAGGCCAUGGCCCUGAACGGACAGGAGCUGCCUCUCAACACCAAAGCUCACAGAGCACAUGCUGUGUUGGAGGACAUAGUGGACGUGGCCCCGGGCUGUGCACUCGCUCCUGCUGAGAGCUGCUCCAGCAACCCCUGCACCAACGGAGGGGUGUGCACCUCCCUGCCUAAUGGAGGCUACUUCUGUAAAUGUCCUGCCUCUUUCAUGGGCACCCACUGUGAGAUUGGCAUCAGCCCCUGUGCCUCCAACCCAUGCCUGUACGGGGGCACCUGUGUACCUCGUGCAGAUGACUUCUACUGCCAGUGCAGAGGGCAGUACUCAGGACAAAGGUGCCAGCUCGGCCCGUACUGCAGAGACAACCCAUGUAAAAACAGCGGAAAGUGUAUCGACAGCCUGGAUGGUCCAGUAUGUGAGUGUGAAGCCGGUUUCCAAGGAGAGAGAUGCCUGAGUGACGUGGAUGAGUGUGUGAAGAACCCGUGUGCCAACGGAGGACAGUGCCAGAACACAUACGGAUCCUACAAGUGUAACUGUUCACUGGGUUUCAGUGGGCAGAUGUGCGACCUUCGCGAUGACGUCCGCAACGAAUUCAUCUCCACCUCUUGGAACAUCGGCCUGGAGGAGGUGAUCGGUAUCGUGGUCUUUGUUUCCAGCAUCUUCAUCCUGGUCCUCCUCUUCAUCAUCAUCCGCAAGAAGGCCUGUCGCAGCAAGUCGAAGACAGACGACGACAAACACCCCGGAGGUUCCAACGUGCCUCACUCCUUCCUCCAGAGGCCUUACUUUGACGCCAAGCUCAACAAGAACAUCUACUCAGACAUCCCACCCCAGGUCCCUGUGCGGCCCAUCUCCUACACUCCCAGCAUUCCAAGCGACUCCAGGAACAACCUGGACAGGAAUUCAUUUGAGGGCUCAGCCAUCCCCGAGCACCCGGAGUUCAGCACCUUCAACCCAGACUCAGUGCACGGACACCGCAAGACCGUGGCCGUGUGCAGCGUAGCACCCAACCUGCCCCCGCCCCCUCCCUCCAACUCGGUGUCAGACAGUGACUCCAUCCAGAAGCCAAACUGGGAUUAUGAUUAUGAUGCUAAAGUGGUCGACCUGGACCCGUGCCUGACCAAGAAGCCUGUAGAGGACAGCGCCUGUCACCCAUACAACACCAGAGGCAGCAUGUCUGAGGUCCAGUCCCUCAGCUCCUUCCAGUCAGAGUCCUGCGACGAUAACGAGUCUUUUUUGGCUCAUGAUCUCAAGAACCCAAGAGGAUAUCACUGGGACACAUCUGAUUGGAUGCCAAGUGUUCAACUUCCUGGAAUCCAGGAGUUUCCUCAGUAUGAGGUUGUGGAGUCGCCGGCCCCUCUGUACAGCGACCCCAGUGCCAUCGACACCGACUACUCCCGGGGUUUCGACAUCGAGAGUGACUUCCCCCCGCCCCCGGAGGACUUCCCCGCAAACGACGACCUGCCGCCGCCGCCAGUGCCCGAGUACGGCGACACGCUGCGGCCCCUGGGCAGAGACCUGGACCCGUCCACCGGGGGCCAGGGAGGAGGGGGUCCGGCCGGGAUCCGCCAGCGGCCGGCCCUGCCCCAGCUCUACAGCCUUAACCAGUACCUGCCGCAGCACUCCUACCCGAGCGACGGGGCCGACACCGAGGGCCAGGGCGCCACUUCCACCUCCGGCGCCACCACCCCGGCCUCCACCAUUGGCGCCGGCGGCUACAGGGGGGGCUACCCGCUGGGCUGCAGCCGGGACUUUGACUCCUCAGCUCUGGACAACAUGUCCAUGUCUCUGUACACGUCCACGGCCUCCUGUUCGGACAUGUCGGCGUGCUGCGAGGAGUCGGAAGUGAUGAUAAGCGACUACGAGAGCGGCGAUGAGGGCCACUUUGAGCGUCUGGCCAUUCCGGCGCUGGACUCCCAACAGCACACUGAAGUCUGACACUGGAUCCAAACAAAAGUGCCUGAACCCACAGCUACACCUUAUGUUAGCCCCUCCCACCGCACCCACCCCAAAUACGCACAGUAUAUAAACACAUGAACACAACACUGUCACGCACACGACAAACGAAGAACACACACACACACAGGGGUUGUUGAGACUGGUGAAAAAGACCAUUCGGCUGAGAAGAUGUGGCCACCUCCUCGGUCCAACUCCUGCCCCGCUGACAUGGCAGUGCCAUCGCUUCAACUGUCACCACACAGGAAAUAGAAUGUGUGAAGGAUCAACGUUUGAGUGAACAACAGGAAAAGUAUCAUGAAAAGAAAAAAAGUCAUUAUCAACAGUAUCUUUGUUUCUAUAAAUAAAACCAAGCAAAAUGUUUUUAUACAAGUCCUCAUUUUCAAUGUAAAUUUAAAUGUACAGUUUUGAUUUCAAAGUUUACUAGGUUUUGUAGAUAUUCUAUGCUUUUAUUUUCAACAAGUAAAAAAGAGUUAAAUGGUGUGACAUUAUCAGCCUUACUGUGCUUACAUUCACUAAAAAAUGAAAUGUUAAAAAAAGAGAGAAGAGAAGAGCGCGGCUUUUCCAAACCCAGUGUACUCGUAUCGUCUCCUGCUCAUUUCAAAAAGGGUCUUCAAUGAACGACUGCAUAUUCUUGUGUUGUUGUUGCUGUUUUUUUUGUUUGUUUUUUCCUUUUUUUAUUUGUUUGUAAAUUUUGACUUUGGAACCUCUUUAUUUUUCCACCAAGAAAACGGGACCCAAUAUAUUUAUAGUGCAGAGUUAUCCAUGGACACGUGACUUUUUCAGGUGUCUAUGUGUGUGUGAGCAACGCUAUGGUCUUGUUAAGGUUUUUAUUGAAUACUGCCACAAGCUCACGCUUUCCUACUGGCAAUAAAUUAUUCCUAAAAAAUA